CGGAGCACGUUUGCCAUGGUGACAGUGCAGGCUGGCGAAGAAUACAUUGCCGGGAUUACCGGGGAUGGAGGAAGCGAUGGAUCAGUCGGCCCCUGAAGUCUUUCAGAUUUCUUUUGUUUUCCCGAAUGGAGAUCUUUAUGAUGGUGAAUGCACAAGGUCAUCUUCUGGUUCUUUGGAGAGGAAUGGAAGAGGAGUCCAUAGACGUCCAGAUGGCUUUACUUACACCGGAUCCUGGAAGAAUGACAGGAUGAACGGUGCGGGGAGACUUGAACAUCCAUCAGGUGCAGUCUAUGAAGGAGAAUUUGCGGACAAUAUGUUUCAUGGCAGGGGCACUUACACAUUUCCCAAUGGAGCAAAGUACAUGGGAAGCUUCAAACAGAACAAGAUGGAGGGAGAAGGUGAAUACGUGGAUGCGCAUGGGCUGAGAUGGAGAGGAGCAUUUUAUGACAAAGCUGCGCCAGGACUGAAGCUAAAAUUGGAAAUGUAGCUUGUAUCAGAACAAAUUACUUUGUACCUUUGGGGUUUUGUGGUACUUGGUUUAAAUCACCUGAAUGCUUAGUGACUUAAAGAAGGUUAAUUGCAAAAAAAUGGCCGACUGCAGUUUACCAAAUACCAACAGGAGAUGACCCUGUACUCCCCAAGUACCUUCAGCACAAGUUAAGUCAUCUACUGUGAUGUCUUAUUAUAAUACAGAAUGUGCAGCAGAUGCCGUCUACAUCAAUAAUACAUUUCUCAAGGAUCGGAGGCUGGUCUGAGGGAGAAGAAUGCAUUAUUUCCACGCUGUCAGAACAUUAUUACAUUUCCUAUAGCUAUUUGAAUUAAUAGAGAUGCUUAUGAAAAAUACAUACUGCAGAGUAUUUGAAACAAUGCACCUCGUGCUAUACAUUUUAAAGAUUGUCCCCUGUAAACCUUCUCUUCCUGCGGCACUAGAUCACCUGAGACUGGCGCACAAAUCUCCGACACUUGAAUUUUAUAAUCUAUGAUUGGUGGCAUCAGCUACUUUUAUUUUUAUUCUUAUUGCAUAUGUAGUUAAAGCAUAUUAUCGCAGAAAUAAACUGACCUGUCUGUGUCAAGGAUUAGGGAAUUGUACGUUAUUCUAGGUAUACAGAGGGAAUGAAGUUUGAUUUGGAAACCAUAUGCAGUCAGUAACAGAUGGUGUCUCUGACCUGCUUCUCUCAUUUGGCUGCACUAUGUUCUAAACUGCAACAGACUCAGACUGUGUGUUUGAUACAUAAAUAAAUAUAUAUAUA